AUGCGAGGCUUAAGUUUAGACGCUGAUGAUUUGGAGAAUUCACAAGUUCUUCAAUUACAACAACGAAUUAUAGAAGCGAUCGGGCGUCAAAGAGAAAUAGGAUUAAUGAUUGGAGAAGAGUUAGAAUAUCAUGUUUCAUUAUUGGAAGAAACUGAUGUUCAUAUUGAUAGUGUUGAUGGAAAGUUAAAUAAUGCAAAAAAAAGCCUUUCAAAAAUAUCAAAAAAAGUUAAAGAUAAAA